GGGAGUCAGAAUUUUCUUUAUUAAGUAAUACCAGGGUGUAUAGUCAAACCUAGAUUUACUGAAUGUUUAAUCGGAAGCCAAACAGAGUAUUGGCAGUUGUUUCAUGCCAUAUUUGAUGCAACAACCGCCCAAAAUAUCACUCAACAGAAACACACAAUGAGCUCUGCAGCUGGGGCUUGUAGCUUUGCGCUCCGCCACACCUCCGCAUCAUCUUCUUCCAAAUGUUGUUCGCAACCGCCAUUUCUGCCGUGCUCCUUGAGAAUCGCGCCCUCUCGAGGAAAGAAAGCGAUGACAAUUCCCGCGCGAGGAGGCGGCAAUUCUUGCGCGAGGAGAGUGGUUCUUGCCAUGGGUUUUGCCGUUAUUCGCCUUCUCAAAAUGAGGGCUCACGCGAUUGACGCCCUUGCUGCAGAAAGUACCGCAUUAACGGCACCAGACCUGAAUCAAAAUAUAGAGAUAUUAGCUCAGGGACAUUCAUCAGGGCACCCCUUCUUCUCAAUUCUCAAUUUACUCGGUAUUCUGGGAGCAGGAGUGCUUGCUGCCCUUUUUGUAUCAAAGAAGAAGGAAAAGGCCAUUUCAGAUGCUACUGUAGAACACAUGAAAAAUUUACUGAAGGAAAAAGAUGCUGCUAUUACUUCUCUGGAGAAGAAGUUUGAGGAAGAACUAAUAAAUGAGAAGGAAUUUCUAAAUAAGGAACUUGGAAGAGUGAAAGCGGAGCAUCAGUCUUUAGUUAAUCAACUGGCAAUGGCCACAGAUACCAUAUCAAACCUCGGUCAAGAAUUGCAAAAGGAGCAAAAUAUAGUCAAAGAGCUUGCUAUCGAAGUUGAUGACCUAGAACACUGCAUUCAAAAUGCUGGGGAUGAGAAAAGGCAACUCCAACAGCAGCUGAAGGAGAAGCUAGAUUCUGUAGGAGCCUUGCAAGAAAGGAUGGGCUUGCUUUCAUUGGAUAUCAAGGAUAAAGAAGAUACUAUUCAGCAUCUUAGUUGUAGCCUUGCCGACAAAAAUAGAGAGCUGGAUCAGCUCAGCUCCGUAUAUCAGCAAUGUGAGGAUCAUCUAAUUAGUUUGGAGUCGGAGAACAAGCAAUUGAAGGAUGUACUUUUGAGGAAUCAAAAAGAGUUGGAACUGAAGUAUGAGAUGGUGCAUGAACUGGAUGCGGAGUUAAACACUUUAAAGGCUGAGAAAGAUGAAUCCAACAAGAAGCUUGCUGCCAUUUUAAUGGAAUAUAACAACUUCAAGUCCUCCAUGGAAAAGAAGUCAACUUCAGAUGCAAAGCUUUUGAGACAAAGAGAGGGAAAAAUUCACCUGCUUGAUGAACAACUUAAGAGCUCAUUGGAUGACAAGAAGAAAGACGAAGUAUUAAUAGCUGCUUUGACACAGGAGAGAGACGAUUUAAAAGAAAUGCUGAACAUAGAAUUAAAAAAUAUGAAAAUUCUGGAAAAGGAGCUUAGAAUCACACAGGCUACUUUGGAGAAAUCAAGAUAUGAAACUUCUGACCUGGCUAAACAAUUGCAAGAGUCCAGAAGUUUGUGCUCGGAGCUUGAAGAUGAGGUCUGCAAAGUUCAGGCUGAGUUCAGGGAAGCAAGAGAAUCAUUACACAGGAAACUAGAGAAAGCUAAACAGGGUGCAGAAAUCUUAUCCAAAGAAGUAAGUUCUGCAAAUGAUCUCUUCAGGAAAUCGAGAGAAGAACUGCAAAUUAUGUCCACAGAAUUGGCUGCCUCAUUGCAGAAAUGCAAUAGCUUGGAAGAGGAACUCAUUGAUGCCCUUAGGAAAGUAGAAAGCGCAACAGUUGAUCUGAACGAAGAAAAGAAAAUUGUAUCUACUCUGAACAAAGAGUUGAUGCAUCUGGAGACCCAAAUUUUGAGAGACAAAGAAGCACGAAAAAGUCUUGAAUCAGAAUUAGAAGAGGCUACUAAGUUCCUCAAUGAUGUGAAUCAGAAUGCACUAAUGCUUUCCAGAGAGUUAGAGCUUGCUCAUUCUCAGAUUUCGAGCGUGGAAGACGAGAAAGAGAAGCUUUAUAAGUUCAUUGCUGUGCAGAAACAGGCUUCCCAAGAAUCUCAGGUACACUUGGAAGACGCCCACAACCUGGUCAUGAAACUCGGGAAAGAAAGGGAGAGUUUGACGAACAGAGGAAAGAAACUGGAGGAAGAACUGGCCUCUGCAAAGGGAGAGAUAUUGCGGCUAAUGAGUCAAAUUAACUCUUCAAAAACUGCAGGUGAUGUCCAACACGUACAAAAGGUCGACAUGGGGGGCAAAGCUGCAGCUUCAGGCAGAAGGAAUACCCAGCGAAGGAGAAAGGCUAAACCCCAGCAAAAAGAUUCAUAGUCAACGAAGCAUGACGGUACUUGCUUUUGUUGUUCAUGAAACUGCAGAAGUGUCUGUAGCUGCAUUGUUUUUUUCAACUUCAACUGGAAAGAUUCUCCAUAAUUGUAGCAUAUUACAUGACAUAGUAUCUUGUUGUGGGCGAUCUCUGUAAGUAGAAACACAGCUUACGUUAACAUUUGAUUCAGAGGUUCGGAGAUCAAACCUAUGAAUUUCGAUGUACUUUCCUUUUAUCCAUACAAAUUGCGUUUUAUGAGCAGAGCUCGUUUACUUUUUUGGAUAUAAAUCAUGCAAUGAAAUGAUAUAUUCAAAUGAACUUGUGUGCAUUGAUAUGAUUGAGUGUUUGGAUUA